UCCUUUGUCACCCUCUCCUCCCUCCCCUCUCGCGGGCGCAACGGGCGUGUGUUUCCCUCGGUCAAUCCUCUGACCAUGACCUCGUCGCUCCCCGGAACGCGCGACCUGCCCGUGUCGCAGUACGAUCUCAGCACGUAUUGGGGGCGCGUGAGGCAUGCUGCCGAUAUAUCAGAUCCCAGGACACUUCUCACGUCGUCGGACGGCCUCGAGAAUGCGAAGCAACUCGUCACAGCGUACAAGACGGGCAAGAUACCGGACAUGACGCCCGAGCUGUGGAGGGCGAAGAAGAUCAUUGACUCGACGAUCCACCCAGAUACGGGACAGCCCGUCUUCCUGCCGUUCCGCAUGUCGUGCUUUGUGCUGUCGAAUCUGGUCGUGACGGCGGGUAUGCUCACGCCGGGGCUUGGGACGGUAGGGACUCUAGGCUGGCAAGUCACCAACCAGUCGCUCAACGUCGCCAUCAACUUCUCCAACGCGAACAAGUCUACGCCGCUUUCGACAUCGACCAUCAUAAAGUCAUACUGCCUUGCCGUGAGCGCAUCUUGCGGUGUCGCGCUGGGCUUGAAUGCGCUGGUCCCGCGCCUGAAGAGCCUCUCUCCGAAUGCGAAGAUGAUUGCGGGUAGACUUGUCCCCUUUGCGGCCGUAGCCAGCGCCGGUGCGCUGAACGUCUUCCUCAUGCGCGGCGAGGAGAUCCGACACGGCAUCGACGUGUACCCCGUCCUGUCGGAGGCGGAGAAGAAGAAGGUCGAAUCCGGAGAGCUCCAAGUCCAACCCCUGGGCAAGAGCAAGAAAGCAGCGACGCUCGCCGUGGGCGAGACAGCACUCAGCCGCGUCCUCAAUGCCACGCCCAUCAUGGUUCUGCCGCCCCUGAUCCUCGUGCGGCUGCAGAAGACGGAGUGGCUCAAGCAGCGGCCGCGGAUGGUGCUACCCGUCAACCUGGGGCUCAUCCUCACAACGUCCAUCUUUGCGCUGCCGUUGGCAUUGGCGGCGUUCCCGCAGAGGCAGGCAGUCAGUGCCAAGAGCUUGGAGGCCGAGUUUCAUGAGCGAGGGGGGAAGGAUGGGUUGGUGGAAUUUAACCGUGGCAUCUAGACAGAUUCACUGUCCAUGUAUGGUUCUGCUUGAUACCAGCGGGGGAAGCAACAAUACAUAUAGAUAUGCAGAGGGAACACUAGUUCGGAAACAUCACACAGGCAGUCCUCCAGGACGAUGUUUAAAGAAACAUAUCUAAGAUGGAGACAUUCGCCCCCUUGUGUGCCUGUAGCCAACGGGUCUCUACUGUUACUAUGUAACUAUGUAGAUAGAAAUGAAUGCUCCUGAUUGGCCAG